GAGGAGCCGCAGCAGCAGCAGCAGCGGUAGAAGCGGCCCCGGGAUGCCGCCUCCCCCUCCCCGCUGACCGCUACACCGGGACAUGGAGCCGGGGGCACCCUCCACCCUCCUCACCAUCAUCUGCCUCGUCCUGCACAUCCAGCCCGGGGCAUCCGUGGUGACCAAGGUUGUCCAUUUUGGCCCCUUGUUCAUGAAACUGAACGAAAGUUCAGAGGUAAGCCAAAAUGCCUCAGCCCUGGAAGAAGCAACUGUGGUCUCUUCACAAAAUGUUUCCUUGGAGGAAGGCAUCAUCCCUGAAACAAUCGACAUUCGGUUUCUAGAGUCGGUAAACAGCAUGGCGCCCACAGACACCACCUGGCCACUUUCCAGCGAGCCUGUCCUGCAAGAGGAUUUUUUAAUCAUUCCAACUGUAAGUGCUCAGCCAACCACUUCACUGGACACCUCUCACGUUUUAUAUAAUUCACUGGCACCAUCUGAAGCAGUGGACGUCCAUCAUUUCAGCUCUGGAAUCCUGGAAUCUAUAAGCAAUCAACUGACACCAUCUGAAGCAGUGGAUGUCCAUCAUUUCAGCUCUGGAAUCCUGGAAUCUAUAAGCAAUCAACUGACACCAUCUGAAGCAGUGGAUGUCCAUCAUUUCAGCUCUGGAAUCCUGGAAUCUAUAAGCAAUCAACUGACACCAUCUGAAGCAGUGGAUGUCCAUCAUUUCAGCUCUGGAAUCCUGGAACCUAUACUCAAUCAACCGACACCAUCUUUUGUGCUGCUAGAAACUAGUCUGAGUUUUCCGACCCCCAUGGUUUCUGAUCAGUAUGUGAUCAACCCUCAAGAGGAGUUUUUUAAUAGCAUCUCACAAACCUCUUGGAGUAUCGAAACUCUUCCAUUGCCAAAUAUGCCUGUAGACAUUGCCACAUCUGGUUUCAAAGGGGAAAGUUUUGUCUUGGAGAGCUCAUCAUCCAUAGCACUCAAAACUGUGUCUUAUUCUGACUCUGAAUUAGAAAAAACACCUGUGGUUCCUAGCACACCUUUGAUGUCUUUAAAUACCCCGGAUCUCUCGGAAAGUAGUGUAAACCUGCCAAGCUUGACCGCUUUAGAUGAAGUUAACAUCGUUUCAACCAAAAAUAUUUUGCAUAGCAUCUUUUCAAAUCUAGAGUUUGCACAAGAUUCAACCACCAGCCCUAGCAUGGGUGUGCUAAUGACUUCUUCACAUGAUACCUUCUCAACAUAUGAAUGGGCCCAUAGUGCAGUUGAAGAUGUCUCGGUGAGUCUUCUUUUGGAAAACAGCAAAAGUGCUGACAUUUUGGCCACAAGUCUGAUGCCCACUUUUGCAUCUCAAUAUGAACAGACAUUCCUGCCUUCUUCUACCAUGUCCUCCACUUUUACAUACACCCAGUGGUGGUCAGAGGCUUAUCUAGAAACUAUUACCAUGAACCCCUCAGGAUCUGUAGAAGAAAAUAUUCAGACUAAUGUGGUGUCCAGCUUUCCAUUUGUAGUUGAGUCUACUGCUCAAGUUGUUGAGUCUCUCUUCAGUUCGAUUAUGUUGGUUCCAGUUUCUUCAUUGUAUAUGGAUGCUUUGGAAUCAUCCAUGUAUUUUUCAAGCCUUGUUGACUCUGUUUUUACUGAAGUCCCAGUUAAUUUGUCUCCAUCAGAAACCUUAGAUGUGGAGACACUCAUGUUUUCUGAGGUAGAAUCUACGAUUUUAAUGCCUUCACUUACUGGACUGUAUGACUCUUCUGUGUCAACUGUAGACUUUGAGUCACCCCUUACUAUUGUAGCAAUACCAGAAUCUACACCAUUCCUUGACAGUUCUCUUUUUAUACCUAUGAACACAGUAGAGGCCCCUGCCUUUGUGCCGACUGAAUCUGUCAUGUAUUUUAGCCAGACUGUUUCACCGUUAGUUGAGUCAGAGAAUAUUUCUGACUCUACCAAUUUUAUCUCCAUAGUUCCAACUUUUGAAACAAGUAACCUGUUUUCUUCAGUUCCAGAAGACAUUUCCUCCUCGUUCUCCUUGGUUUCCAGUGACGUUUCAGCUGCUGUAACUCAGGACCCAUCCUCUUUGGUUACAAUUUUGGAGACCUCAUUCAGUAGCUUUGCUAUUGAGACAUCAGUUUCACCAUUCACAGAUACCAUCAAUGUGGAAGCCACGCUUUGGCCAACUGUUAACCCCACAUCUGUUGUCUCCCUCACCCUAUUGUCUAGUGCUGACUGGACAGAGAGAAGUUCAAAUGUGUUGUUAGAGUCCUCUGGGAUGUGGGAAGUGACCCCAAGCAUUGUGUUUGAAUCGGGCAUUUUCUAUUCCUCAACUUUCUCUGGUGCUACCUCUUCUCUGCUGCCUUCAUUGUCUGCAUUGGAUUCCACCACGUUGGCCUUUUCCACCUCCUCCUAUGACUCUGAUCACACCAGCAGUGCUUUGAUCGAAGAGACUCUUCAGGCCUCUUCAUUUUUCUCAGUUCCUCUGACAACAGAACUUCCUCCUUCCUUUUCUACAUUCAUAAUGGACACCUUGGAGACCUAUACCUCAGUAGUUUCAAGCAACCUUUUAGCAUCACCAUCACUCAGUUUUUCACAAGAACUGAGCCUGCCACCAGACAUAAGUUCACUACCCACAAUAAGCUUGCUGUCUACUGUAAGUGGAGAAACUAUUACAAAUGUACCAAGCCCUCCGUCAUCUAUAAACCUCCUGUCUACAACAAGCUCCAUUCUGAGUCUGAGUACACAGACGAGCGUAAGUCUGAUGUCCACUCCAGUUGCUCCACAAGUUCCAACCAGUAGUCUUUCUUUAUCUCCCACUGAGCUGAACACUGUGCCAGCCACAACUUUUACUCCAACUACUUCAACCUCAGCAGCUGUCACUCAUACUCAGCAUGAUACAACCACUUCCACCACCCGGGCAUCUACAACAACCACCGCCAAACCUGAAACCACAACAACCACCACCACCACCAAACCUGAAACGACAACAAGUACAACAUCUGUGCCGAUCACAUCUCCCUCUGGACUCACAGCCACAUCUUCUCCAACUACCACAAGACCUACCCGGGUGUGUGAUGUCUCCAACCCUGAACCGUACCUGGUUACUGCAGUUCUGUCAAGAGGAACCAACAUACAGAACAUCACCGAAUCCAUCAAGGAAUUGCUAACGCUAAACUUUAACCGUCCUGUGGAAAUUGAGGUCUACACGGUAUCUGAGAGCUACUCGUUCAUGGUGACCUCCGGACCCUUUGUGUACGCUGCCAUUGCCAUUGUUAAUGUUUUGGGCAGGAGCAGCCUUGUGGUCGGACCAGCUCGUCCCAUCGUAUCCCUGCAGGUCCCACUUCUCGGACUGGAGCAAAGAUUCCAAGUUCAAACAGUCCUGCAGUUUGUGCCGCAGUCAGUCGAUAUCCGACUCUGCACAUUCAGCGAGCAGAUCCAGAGGGGCCUGAGCCUGGCAUUGUACGAGGUGCGCCGACUGCGCCAGGAGAAGGAGAAUGUCACCGUUCAGAUAGUGAAUAUCAGCACCAGUUUGCCCCGGGACAUGGUCUGGAAGGCUCCGGUCACUAUCACGUACACUGUCCAAGACCGCGGCGGAUUCCUGAACGGCUCUGAGAUCAGCGAUCAGCUCAGGAAUCUGAGCCUGGUGGAGUUCAGCUUCUUCCUGGGCUUUCCGGUGAAACAGAUCGCAGAACCCUCUCAGUAUCCUCAGCUCAAUACCUCUCCGCACCUGAAGGAUUCCUGGCUGCGCACAGUCCUGCUCGGCGUCCAGGAGCAGCAGCUGAGGGACGAGGCCUUCCAGGCGGAGAUGGAGAGGAAGCUGGCUCAGCUCAUCAGCGAGGCCACGUUACAGAAGAGGCGCUGGAAGAGAGCCAGCUACGCCGGGAGCAACUCCGUGCAGAUGGUGAAUAUUUCCCGGAUGGAAGGUUUGGAUGACCCGGUGGAGCUGAUCUAUUUCAUCGAGGAUCAGUAUGGAGGACGGUUAGCUGCUGAUAAGGCUUCUAGCUUGAUCAAUGAGGUGAACAUCCAGCGAGCGGCCAUCAUCCUCGGAUACCGAUUGCAGGGAGUGGUGGCACAACCAAUGAACCAGCCCCCAGAGACGGACCGGCAGGCACAGAACCUCUGGAUCAUCGUAGGUGUGGCUGUGCCAGUACUGGUGGUGACCAUCAUCAUCAUCAUCCUGUAUUGGAAACUCUGCCGGACCGACAAACUCGACUUCCAGCCGGAUACGAUCAGCAACUUGCAACAGAGACAGAAGCUCCAGGCCCCCAAUGUUAAGGGCUUUGACUUUGCCAAGCAGCACCUGGGCCAGCACAAUAAAGAUGAAGUUCUCAUCGUUCACGAGCCUCCACUGCCGGUGUUACACGGACCCCUGAAAGACUCCACCCCCUCUGAAAAUGGAGAUAUCCCCAGCCCAAAGUCCAAGGCUUCCGCUAAGCACAACAAGGUCGGGCGCCACCGCAGCAGUAGGGUUAGCCCCUCAGACGUGGGAUCAACCGCUAGUGAACCAUCGAGCGGAAGGGAUUCGGGUGAGGAUGGAUCUCCGCGGCCCUCAGCUCCUCCGCGUGAAACCCCACAGCGACCAAAAGGCAAAGGAGAGAUGCCGGUGUUGGGCAGCGGGGUGGAGCAGCAUUCCUCUGCAUCUAUAUUUGAACACGUGGAUAGGAUGUCGCGCUCCUCAGAGGCCAGCCGCCGUCUUCCUAGCAAAAUUCAACUUAUCGCCAUGCAGCCGAUGGCCACCCCACCCAUGCAUGGGCUGUCUGUGGCAGAACGAGAGAUGGAGGCCAAUAAGAUAAAUAGAGAGAUUCAGACAACGCUGCGUCACAAGUCUGAGAUAGAACACCACCGCAAUAAGAUUCGUCUUCGAGCUAAGCGCAAAGGACACUAUGAGUUCCCCCUGGCGGACGUUGUGGGAGUGACAGACACCAAGGAGCGCCAGCGCAUGUACCGGAGGGCACAGAUGCAGUUUGAUAAGAUUCUGGAUCCAGUGUUGGGUGUUCCCACAGUGUUCAUAGAGCCCCGCAAGAGCUCUCGAGCGCGACGUUCGCCGAAACAAAGGCGUCGACAGCAGGGCUCCGCCAGCCCCCCAGAUGCGGAUCGAGAUCGCUUAAUUGCAACUGAUAGCGACGGCACCUACAAGAGGCCCCCAGGAGUCAGUAACUCUGCCUAUGUGUCAGACCCGGAUCUGCCCUCUGACAACCCCACACCGUUAUCCGAGUUGGGUAAAUACCCCGGCUCUCUGCCCCGAGGCCCUCCCCCUGCACAGUAUGUGGCCCCCCAGCCUUCCAUUGAAGAGGUCCGUCAGACUAUGCAAUCUCUUCUGGAUGAUGCCUUCGCACUGGUGGCGCCCAGUAGCCAGCUUGCAGUGCAAGCUGGGAACUCCCUUCCAGGGCAGCAGCAGGACAAUGACACCACCACCCGCAGCGGAAGGGGCUCUACAGCCUGGGGGGCCCAAUAUCCGUCCCACCAAUCAUCACACUACAAUCGAUUUGUGGAUUACGGUGUGACGCAGCCCUCGGCUCCCAGCAUGCUAACAAGGAGUCCCGGGUUCGGUUCAGGGUUCCUCCCUCCAUCGGAGGCAGCUCCGGCAGAGCCCCAGCAGACAGAGGCACAUUACCCGGCCCGUAUGUACCCUGAGGAUAUACUCUCUGUGGCCAGACCCCGCCCCCUGGGAAGCACCUCAGGCUCUGCCCAGAUCCACCAGCUGACCCAAGUGGGCAUCGCGAGCCGAAUGGGGGCCCAGCCCACAGACCUGGCUUUAAGUAGAAGCGGACAACCUUCUGGGGGCCCCAGCUGGCCAUCUUACUAUAGCCGUGAUGAGGAGAAUACCAGAAAUCCCCCUCACCGAGAUGCUGGUCACAUUCAUGGAGCCCAGGACUACUGCACCCCACAGAUGUAUGGAGGUAGCAGGCCUUCAGGCCGCCAGCCCUCGGGGCACCUCCCGCCCUCCAUGUGUUAUCAGGCUGGAUCCGCUGAGGACAUUCAUCCCGGUCACUCCUCCGCCUCCCUCAUCAAGGCCAUCCGCGAGGAACUGCUCCGCCUCUCGCAGAAGCAGGUGGUGGCGCCCGCCUAUCACAGCUGAUAAGGGCUGGGUGCGGCACCUAUACUGUCCGCUUCCUAUGGAAGCCAGAGCGGGAUCAUUGGUCAGCAUCGUAACUACUGGUGGGUGUAAGAGCAACCCCGCCCUGGGUGGGUCAGCAACACAGGCUGCUGCGAGCACUGAUGGAACCGGGCAUAUAAACUGUUCUAGAUGGGGGCUUCUAAUCCUUCCAUUGUCGUGUGUCU